GGUUGGGUAAACAACAUGCGUAUGUUGCUAUAGUGGGCUGGACUUUCGCUUGUGUCGUUUACGCUCAAGAAUCAGACACAGGUGCAUGUGGAACAACCCAGCAUAGUGGACAAAAUCAGUUGGAUGGAAUUGUAUGACAACAUGAAUACACAACUCUUUGUAUUGGUAUACAUUUGAGAAAAAGAUCUGUGUAGUCAUUGUCACAUAUACGAUUAGACAUCAUGAAUCAGGACCGAACAAUUUCCCCAUUACCUCUGGAUUUCAGUAACAACUUCAGUGGAAUACCCACUACUCCACCAGUACUGCCCAAAAAACAGGGGAGACCACUCUUCUCCAUUGGUGUGGAUACUACUCAGAAAUCAACUUGCACAGAAACUGAGAGAUCUCCAGACACAAAUCUACAAGAUGUUGGAGGUGCACACCUUAAAGUGGAAAAGAAGACUGGUAUAAACAGGUCAGCAUCAUCCCCAACAUUGUCACAGUUCCUCAACCUUGUACAGGAAUCAAAGUUUACCAGUAAUGUCAACUUACAGGCGAAUGUUUCCGGGUUUACAGCAGAUAAAGUUAGGUCAUGUGAUGACAGCAUUAGUGUCCACCCACAAGUCCAAAUACACAGCGCAAAUAGUACAUCAUCACUUGUAACCCAAGAACCUUCCGCUAAACAUGUCCGCAAAGAAAUGCAGUCAUAUUAUUCCAGAGGAGAGGUAAACAAAUAUGGAAGCUUGUUCAGAAAACCUGGACUUGAUCACAAAGUGUCAUCUGUCACAAGAUCAGAAUUUGUUCCAGAGAAGACCCAGCUACUGUCAUUCCCAGAAGAGGAAGAAAGCUCAACACCUGACGUGUCAAUUGGGCAAAGAGUUAAAAAAUGGAUGACAACAUCUCCUGUAAAACAAACAAACAGAGAAAAGAAUGCUAUUUUUCCAUCUUCCUUUUAAAGAGCCAUACCCACUCCUCGACUGAUAUUAUUUUGUAUUAAAAAAACCCCAUGAUUUUCUAUUUUUCUCGGGUAGCAAAAGUUCUGACCAACCCUGUAAUACCGCAAUUUUAAACUAAAUCGCUGCCAAUCUAAUGUAAUAAAUAGUUUUAAAAAAGAAUUUGAAACGACUCCGUGCUAAUUCAUAAUUAUGCGGGAAGUCCUGCCCUCUGAUGCAUGCGCAAAGAACUGUAAAUAAAUCUGCCGACUUCCAACAUGGCAGAAAGCAUGCGAGGGAAGCGGGGAAGAAAACGUGUUUUGACGGACUCUGAGGCGAAAAGAAGGAAGAUGGCUGGUUCAUACUCUGUAAUCCCUUUCUGUUUGGCUCUCUCGUGUAGUAUCACUCUAAAAUCACAUUCAUAAAUACUCUUAUCAUCCAAUAUUCACUUUAGAUAGAUCCAUUUCGGGAUGUUCUAUCUGUUCGUUACCGUAUCGUUGCCCCCAUUAAAGAGCCUCUUUGCAAUUAAUCGUAGUUUUUCUCGUAAUCUGCACGUUUUUGUGUCAUAUCUAAGCAUUGAAAGAUGCCAUCAAUACAUACGUUAGAUGAUUUCCAUACAGGAUAUAUAGAGUAUUGAUUGCAUUUAUCGGUAAAAUCUCUUUACAAGCAAUGUGACAUGGACAUACUACUCACCUCUUCCUCCAUUUUUGUUUUGAUUCUGACCGCGUCUGAACAUAUCACGUGACUUUCCCUCAUCAAUAUUCAUAUCCUGGUGUUGAUUAAUGAGACUAAUUCUGGCACCGAUAUCUCCUGUACCCUUUCAAUUCAAUUAGUAUACAACAACAUUUCCAGUCAAUAAAAUAUGAAAAAAUAUCUAUAGCGGAGUGGGUCUGGCUCUUUGACCAAGUUUUGGUAAGAAAUAUUGUUAUCAUGUUAUUGUAUGAUAUAAACAGCUACCACCUGAUACCCACUAUCACUGUAAGUAAAGUAUGUGUGUGUAAAGAGAAGCAGUUACAUACAACGUAAUCUUGUGGUUUUGCUUUUAGUUAUUGUUAAUGUAAAAGAUAAGAUGUUCUUAACUUGACACAUUUUGAAAGUUUAAGAGGAGGAGUGUCAGACCUUUUUGGUUUCAUGAUUUAACAAAGGAAACAAACUCCUGAUCACACAGGAAUUCAAUGUAGAAUUAUCAACAAAUGAGAGGGGAAACAUGCAUCAGUACAAAUCAUAAGGGUGGUUGGAUGGUGCAGUGGUAACGCACCUGCCUUUCACAUAGUUGUCCAGGGUUUGAUUCCCGGAACAGACAUAAAAAGGGAAAGGGUCACCUGCCUGACCACGCUGGUUUUCCCUGGAUACUCUGGUUUCCUCCCACAAUAUCACUCUUUGCACUUGCAUCCGGGUAAGCAAGAGUGAUUAGUCUUAGAUGAAAUAACUGUAAUAGUGAUAAUGUAAAAGUUGAUCGAAAUUUACACAAUUGGAGGGACUGUAUAGUGAUUGUGUAAAAGUUGAUAGAAAUUUACUCAAUUGGAGGGAAUGUAUAGUGAUUGUGUAAAAGUUGAUAGAAAUUUACACAAUGGGAGGGAAUAAAUAGUGAUUGUGUAAAAGUUGAUAGAAAUUUACUCAAUGGGAGGGAAUGUAUAGUGAUUGUGUAAAAGUUGAUAGAAAUUUACAUAGUGGGAGGGACUGUAUAGUGAUUGUGUAAAAGUUGAUAGAAAUUUACACGAUUGGAGGGAAUGUAUAGUGAUUGUGUAAAAGUAGAUAGAAAUUUAGUUGAUAGAAAUUUACACAUUGGGGGACUGUAUAGUGAUUGUGUAAAAGUUGAUGAAAAUUAACAUGGUGGGAAGGGCUGUUUGGUGGUUGUGUAGUGUGAUUGUCACUUAAAACAAGUAUUUGCAGAGGCAAUCACUUUUUCAGUUGUCUCCCUUUGUCAUGUCUUUGCACAACCACUCAACACAGAGGUCACUUGCAUUAAAUAUUUCUUGUGUGCAUUUCUGAGUUACAUACAAACCUGUGCUGUUGGAAAAGUUUGAAGCUCAAGCAUUUUUUAAUUUGAGUACACUAUGGUGUCUCCGCAUCCUAUUGGAUUUUAACUACCAUGACACUAAAGUGCCUACAUAUCCACAGGAACUAGCCUUGUCCGGUUAGUGACUUGUGACAUUUCCCAGUAAAGGGAAAGCUGGAGUGUUUUUCAGGAUUUGUGGUAUCAUUAGAGUUGUUAUAAUCAUUGUUGCUCCAUUUUGUGUCUUUUAUCCAUCAUCACAACCUUAUUCAUCUUAAUUAUUCUAGUCACUAACUAUGCUGUUUCAUUGACAUACAGUGUUAUGUUAAAGCUGAGUGCUGCCAAUAUCCUUUACCUAUUUAUCCAGAAAGUUGGCUGGGAUUAGGAUUUCUUAAGCUGUAAAAAUAUGCGCUAUGUUACACUUGGGAUAUAUUCUAUUUCUUUGUGCGAUGGACAGAUUUGAUACUUGUUAGUUUACCUGUUGACACCAUUGUUUUAUACCUUGUUCUCAUUUGAGAGUGUGACAUUUUUUACUUAUAUUUACCAAGAUUUACAUAGUGGGUGUCGUCGAUAAAGCAAAGGACGCUCACUCUCCCAGAGUAUCUGGUCUUAAUCUCCUUGUUUUCCAUGUAAAUCUGUUCAUAUUUUGCCCUAAUUUUAUUGAAUUUGAGUUUGGAUUAUCAUAAUGUUGACACGUUUGUACUUGUUGUUGUUUGUUUUUUAAAAAUCUUCAUAAUCACUUAAAACAAGUGUUAAAUCAUACAAUAUAUGGCUAGUGGCCAUGAUAUUAGUGAAUACAAAAUUUUGGAGAGAAAUAGAGGAAUUCUGUAGAGUUUUCUUGUAGGUAGCCAUGUUACUUACACGUUUAUUAGAUGAAUAGAGUCCUGACCUCUCAGAUUGUUUUAGUGCACUUGUACUGGCAUUGUUUUAGUGCACUUGUACUCACAUUGAUUUAGUGCACUUGUACUCGCAUUGUUUUAGUGAACUUGUACUCACAUUGUUUUAGUGCACUUGUACUGGCAUUAUUUUAGUGCACUUGUACUGGCAUUGUUUUAGUGAACUUGUACUAGCAUUGUUUUAGUGCAUUUGUACUCGCAUUGUUUUAGUGAACUUGUACUCACAUUGUUUUUGUGCAUUUGACUCCUACCAACAUACUUAUAGUCUCUGUAGCCUUAUUUAUUGAGUAUGAUGUUCAGAUAUUGUAAAAUGCUGUCAGUCUAAGUAUAAUUGUAUGUUGGAGGUACGUGUCAGUCUAAGUAUAAUUGUAUGUGGGAGGUACGUGUCAGUCUAAGUAUAAUUGUAUGUGGGAGGUACGUGUCAGUCUAAGUAUAAUUGUAUGUGGGAGGUACGUGUCAGUCUAAGUAUAAUUGUAUGUGGGAGGUACGUGUCAGUCUAAGUAUAAUUGUAUGUGGGAGGUACGUGUCAGUCUAAGUAUAAUUGUAUGUGGGAGGUACGUGUCAGUCUAAGUAUAAUUGUAUGUGGGAGGUACGUGUCAGUCUAAGUAUAAUUGUAUGUGGGAGGUACGUGUCAGUCUAAGUAUAAUUGUAUGUGGGAGGUACGUGUCAGUCUAAGUAUAAUUGUAUGUGGGAGGUACGUGUCAGUCUAAGUAUAAUUGUAUGUGGGAGGUACGUGUCAUCUUGUUUGUAACAGAUUCAACUGUUGAAGGACAAAUUAAGAUCAAACAAUGGCUUAUGCCAUGAUCCUGCUGGGAUCUGUUGUUAAAACUACUUGUGUAUAUAUAGGUUAUGAUUACAUUAGUAUAAAUACAAAGUAUGAUCUACUUUUGUUUUGACAAUUUUGAUGGAACUCAAAAGUUAUGGUGACAUGGGCACCAGAAAUUUGGAAGACUCGUCUUUUUUAUUGUGGACUGAGACUGGCCUUUUAUUGUGAGACUGACUGAUUGUUUUUUAAAUGGUCAUACAGAAUGCUUACAUGUAUACAGAUAAGGUCUCCUAUUCUGUGUUUUACAGGCCUAUCAGAAAUCAAAUUAUAUUUUAUAUAAUUACAGUAUACAGUGCUUUAAUCAAUGUUUAUUUAUAUGUAGGUUUCCGACCGAUAAGAUAAUCAAACAUAACAAUUUAUUGAAUCUUGUAUUUUAUAUAGUAAAAUUAACGUAUAUGGUGGUGAUAUGUUUGUCAUCAAUGUAAGUCUCCUCCUCUAGAGAGGCUUAGCAGAUUUUGACCUCAUUUGAUUUGUAGUAUUAUUUGGCAUGAACUCUGGUCCUCAUGGUCAGUAGCAUUAUAUGUCCUUGUCUUGCUUAUUUGUCGCAAACUCUGCAGAAAAAUUUUAUGUGUCUGUGUCAAACAUUCAGAACAUUUUCUUCAGGUUUGUAAUGUGAAUAGAAUGAAAGUUCUUAUAACACAAUCAGUAGAAGAUUAGAGUAGGGUUUCUAUGACUACAUGGUCACCUUCAACCAAAUGGGUUAAUUACUUACCAUUCCAUACACUAUAUGUGUGUCAGUGCAAGAAUGCUUCACACUGGUCAUUUGACUGAUGAAGCUGACUGUGUAGUCAUUGAAACGUUACACUUUUAUCUUCUACUGGUUGUGUUAUCAGAACUUUUAUUCUGUAAAUCAGCUGGCUUUGGCUCCUGUUUGGGAUGCAAAGCAUUUAAUCAGAUCUCAAUGUAAUAUCUUCAUUCCUUGUUACUGAUUUGUUAUACAGGUACCUGUUACAGGGCCAAUAAAAUUAUUUAUUCCAACA